AUGGUUUCUGAGAAAAAGACCGCUGGUUUGAAAGAACGUAUGCUAAGUGCGGUGACCGGAUCAGUAAUAACGUCGGUGAUUUUAACACCGAUGGAUGUUGUGAGGGUACGACUUCAACAGCAGGAAAUGCUUCCUAAUUGUUCGUGUGAGAUACCGACAGACGUUCGAGCUGUGACUGCUGGAGGUUCCAGGGGCUUUAAAUCUGCGCCAUAUCAUGUCUUUUGGCAGGAUUCUUGCUUUCACGAUGUACAAUGUAAGAGCAGUACAUUCAAAUUUAAUAACACCUGGGAUGCUUUUUUGAAAAUUGCGAAAUUCGAGGGAGCUACCGCAUUGUGGAGAGGUAUCUCUAUCACGCUUUUAAUGGCAGCUCCGGCUAAUAUGGUUUAUUUUGCUGGCUACGAAAGUUUGCGAGAUCGAUCACCUUUAAGUGAACCGUACCCGAUUUUGAACCCAAUAUUCUGCGGCGGAAUUGCUAGGGCGCUGGCUGCCACUUCAGUUGCGCCGUUGGAACUUCUUCGGACUCGCUUGCAAAGUAUCCCCAGGUCCGGGCCUACAGUAACAACGGCAAUGAUGAUGAAGGACCUUAUCAAGGAAACGCAAAUCGAAGUGUCAAACAUUGGGUUCAAAGCCCUGUUCAAAGGUUUAGAAAUUACGCUAUGGAGGGAUAUUCCAUUCAGUGCCAUUUACUGGGGAUUUUACGAGCUUUAUAAAAGAAACUCAACUAUCGGGAAGUCCCGACUCGAUUCUGACUCCCAUGCAACGCAUUUUUUGAACAGUUUCAUAGGUGGGUCUUUUAGUGGCAUCGUUGCUGCUCUAUGCACACACCCCUUCGAUGUUGGGAAAACUAGAAUGCAAAUAUGUUACAUCAAUUCCACGAAAUCCAAUGACAAUACUCAACAAUCAAAAAAUAUGUUCAAAUAUUUGAAUACUAUUCGGAAAACCGAGGGAUUGUCUGCUCUUUAUACUGGGUUGAUGCCCAGACUAUUCAAGGUGGCACCGAGCUGCGCGAUCAUGAUUUCAACGUACGAGGUCGGAAAGAGAUUAUUUGCAUCUUGA